AUGCGGUCGCUGCGGUUGGGUUCGCACAUCGACCUUGACAGCAUUUCGUCGGUGACCAACGAAAUCGCGAUCGCCCCGUUACUGGCAGUAGGCGAUAUCAUUAGUAGGACAAUUGACUUUGACGAGUCCGAAUCGAGGUGGCGGACUUCGGUGAGACCUGGUAUCGACCCCCAGCUUGACGCACUCAAACGCUGGUAUGACGGUCUAGAUAACUUCCUGACUGAAGUCGCCAAUCAGCUCAAUCAAAGUCUGCCGGACUGGGCCCGCAGUUGGGUUCGAUCGUGCGUCUUUUUACCCCAACUUGGCUUCCUCGUAGUCGUUGACCUGGACCCUACGACUGGAUAUGGCAGAUAUGAGGGCGAAGGCGCGCAAGGCGAUCCCUGGACAAAGUUAUUCGCCACUGAUGAGACAGUCUAUUACAAAAACAACUACUUGAGAGAACUCGACAGUCACUAUGGGGAUAUGUAUUGCGAGAUUGGCGACAGAGAAGUUGAAAUCAUCCAUCAGCUCGCUGCUGCCGUUCUGUGUCACGAGGAGCCUCUCCUUGCCGCAUCAGAUGUCUGCGGGGACUUUGAUGCACUCCUAGCACUGGCAAUCGGUGCUGAAAAAUACCGGUGGACAGCGCCGCAGAUGACGGAAGAGAACGUUCUCGUCAUUGAGAAUGGCCGCCAUCCUCUGCAAGAGCUUGUUGUGCCGUCGUUCGUGCCGAACAGUUGCGACAUCCGCGGAGGCGGUACUUCAAGGUCAACCCCACAGGAGUCAACGCAGGUCCUGGCUCUGACCGGUCCGAAUCACUCGGGCAAAAGCAUAUAUCUCAAACAGGUGGCUAUCAUUGUGUAUCUGGCGCAUGUCGGCAGCUUUGUUCCCGCCGAUGGGGCCGUAAUUGGACUCACUGACAAGAUACUGACCCGCAUCUCGACACGAGAAAGUGUAUGCCGUACGGAAAGCGCUUUCGCCAUCGAUCUCAAGCAAGUUGCCCAGACGAUGCGACGCUCAACACCACAAAGCCUGGUUCUGAUAGACGAGUUCGGCAAAGGCACCAAUCCUGAUGAUGGAGCUGGAUUACUCGCAGCGAUGCUGGACUACUUCUUAUCUCAAGGCUUACGGCCUCCCAAGCUGUUGCUUGCGACACAUUUCCACGAGGUAUUCGAAGGACACUAUCUGAGACAGCACUCCGGACUCGCCCUCGCGCAAAUGGACGUACGGCUAUGCUGGGAUGCAAAUCAAAUCGAAGAUCAAGUGACCUACCUCUUCACACUGACGCAAGGGCAUAGCACCUCGAGCUUCGGUGGACAGUGUGCUGCACUCAAUGGAGUUCCGAACACCAUCGUCGAGCAUGCCGGGGCAAUUUCCAGGCUUCUUGUUCGCAACGAAGAUAUAGCUUCAGUUUUGGAGCGACCGUCUCGCGAAGAAGUGCGCAGGCUGCGGGUCGCAGAGGAUGUGGCCAGAAGAUUUCUCCAAGAGGAUUUCAACAACUCGGACACGAGGGCUGUGUUGAUGGACAUCCUCUCUGCGGAGACUUGA